AUGAAUUCUAGAAUGCCUUCGCCGUCUCCACGACUAAAUGUAUUAUCGUCUCAACUAGAGGCGUCCACCCUGUUGAGACUAAAUUCACCGGGAGUCAAAGACAGUCCUGCGCCAAUGGUUGUUGAAGCUGUUGAGAGUAACCGUUCUGUUGAUGUCGAAAGCCAUCCAAAUCUAUCACGUAUCCCUGAUACUGGCUUGGUGCCACAUCAACAUCUGGCACCGACAUCCCACAAAUCGAGAGAUGAGAAACUCUCCAGAAUCGUUCUUGUUCCAUGCAAAGUAUUCCCAGGGGAUACAAUAGAUCGGCGACGGAAGUAUGUUAGAACCAAACAAACGCUUGUGCCCCCGGAAAAGUCUCCAGAAAAGCUUCCAGAACAGCCCCCCGAAAACGUCAACAGGAUUCCCCGAGAGAGAAGAGUCAGAGCUCGGCCGUCGAUCCGCAAAUGUUACAUCUGUGAUACUUGUGGCAAACGAUUCUAUCACCUCCUGGCGAUAAAGCUGCACAUCGAUGUUCAUGUCAAGAAGUCGGCAGAGUUAACUUGCAAGUUUUGGCCACUAGGGAGAUGCAGCGAUUUCGUGUAUAGUGAUACUAGCGCUUGCAACUUACACAUGCUCAGGCAUCACUUUAAACUCGACAAUGAGAUGGCUUUGUCUUACGGAACGCUCACAAUGUUGUGGACAGACAUGGGCAAGUGUGAGUGUGGAUUUUUCGGCUCGGUGGAGACGUGGUUGUUGCAUCAUGUUUUGACACUGGAGAACCCAUGCCCGCUCACUAAACCAGCAGCGCCGACAAUAUUGCCGCCCCCUAUCACUACUAUCAACGACACGAGUAAGCCUUUGCCUAAUCCGACGACACUGAGGGACUCAUACCCACCCACUAAUGAAGCAGCGUUGAAAAUCAUACAAGAUCCGAAACCACCUUCGCCUAUUCAGUUGACGACACGGCAACGUUAUCAAGAAGUUCCUGCGCCUACUCGGUCGACAACACCGUCACGUCACCGACAAUUGCCCUCGCUUCAUCCGUCGACGCCACUACGGGAUGUACAAGAAACAUCGUCGCCUGUUCUGUCAAUGACACUGCCACAUGACCAAGAAACGCCAUCGGCAGUUCCGUGCCAGCAGCCUGAACCCAAAGAUGAAAGUGAGGUAAAGGAAGCAUCAUUUCCAAUGACCCAACGAAAACCGGUAGUAUGUCAAUUUGCGGUUCUAGGCAAAUGCCAUCCAAAAACACAGGACUAUACUCGCAUGAAUCGGUACCACAUGGUCAACCACCACUUUGCCUUCGACGAUCCCGCUAUGAUUAAUGCUCGCCUCAACGUAAAGAUGAAGCAACCAGGCACGUGUGAAUGUGGCUAUCACGACGAUGUUCAUCUGUGGCUUGUCUACCACGUAUUACCGCCUGUUGCCUCGUGUCCUUUGGUAACAGCGGCAGUCGACCCGGAGGCGCCAACGCUGGGUAAUUGCACAGUAUGUGGUCGCUGGUGUGAGGACGGAUUGCAACUCCACGUCAAGUCCCACCGCGACGACUGGCACAUUGAGUGUAAGUUCCGAACCCUUGGCAAGUGUGGAUUGUUUGCCGGGGAAACUAACGCUAAGGUCCACAUGCUCACCCGCCACUUUUUGCAUGACGACCUCGACGAGCCGUGGCGGGCUCCCCUCAGCCAGUUAUACGCCCGCUCAGGUAGAUGUGAGUGUGGUUAUCACGGCACGGGCGUGGCGUGGCUCCACGACCACGUGAUGGCGCUGGCCAACCCGUGUCCGCUAACAUUGGUGGUGCCACCGCCAGACCGGUGUUCUGUGUGUGCCACAAAGUUCCACCGCCAUGCCAAGAACCACGUAAAGUCGCUUCAGGGUAUCCAAGCCAAUCCACUCAAUUGUGUGUUUUUGGCCUCGGGGAAUUGUCCGUUUCACUUGAAAUCAAGGCAGCUGUUCACACUAUACGUGAGCCACCUCCUCCGGCAUCACUUCAAGUUCGACAGCGGGGCUGUCUGUCUGAGAGCCACGUUGCGUAGCAUGCUAAAGCAGUCUGGCCGGUGUGAGUGUGGCUUUGCUGGCUUGGGCGAGGCGUGGGUGUACCACCAUGUGUUGAGUCGGGAAAACCCCUGUCCCUUAGUGGCGACGGUUGGAACUGAUGAGGGACAACAACCUUUGUGA